UCUUUUCAAACAAAAAAGAAAACAUUCCAACAUCUGUUUCAUUGUUUUCUAUCAUAUUGCAGACAUUGAAAUAUAUCUAUAAUAAUGUUGAUGGGUUACUUUUGUUUUUAUAUAUAAGCAAAUGAUGGUAAAGAAAAAAUUACAAUUUGUUUUAAGAAAGAUCUGAAUAAGGACGUGGUUGCGUGAAUUUACGUUAACAGAUGGCUGGAGGAGGAAGAGGCUUAGAUGAAACGGCCACAUGGUCCGUGGCUAUGGUUUGUGCAAUCAUUGUCGUACUAUCGAUAAUGUUGGAGAAAAUGCUUCAUCAUAUUGGACAUUAUUUAAAAGAAAGACAUAAAAUCGGGCUACUUGAAGCGCUGGAGAAGAUCAAGACAGAACUUAUGAUCCUCGGAUUUAUAUCACUGCUUCUGACAUUUUGUCAGAACUACAUUGCUUCGAUUUGUGUUUCAAAGGCUCUUACUAAAGAUUUCUUGCCUUGCAAGAAAAAACCAGAUGAUCAACCACCAGCUGAUGACGAUGACAUUGAAAUAGAUACCCGUCGUCGCAGGCUCUUAUGGUAUGAUCAUAGACGUUUAGGAGGAGACGGUCCACCAAAAGAAUGCAAGCCUGGAUAUGAGGCACUUAUAACUGUUGAAGGAUUGCAUCAACUCCACAUAUUUAUUUUCUUUUUGGCAGUAUUUCAUGUUAUUUAUAGUGCCCUCACUAUGAUUGCUGGGAGAGCAAAGAUCCGUGAGUGGAAAAGCUGGGAAAAAGAUAUCUUGCAACAACAAGCUACUGCACACGAUCCUUCUAGGUUUCGGCUUACAAAAGAAUCGUCUUUUGUCAAAGGUCACGCCACUCGUUCAGGAUUGCCAAUAAUCUUCUACGUUAUUUGUUUCUUUCGGCAAUUCUUUACUUCUGUUGGUAGAUCAGAUUACUUGACCAUGCGCCAUGGGUUCAUUUCUGUUCAUUUAGCUCCUGGCAGUCAAUUUAACUUUCAAAAAUAUAUCAAGAGGUCACUUGAAGAUGAUUUCAAACUCAUAGUGGGAAUCAGCCCGCUUUUAUGGUCUACUGCGGUCCUCUAUCUGUUUGCCAAUGUUGAAGGAACUCAUGCUAUGAUUUGGCUCUCUCUAUUUCCAGUCGUUAUAAUCUUAGCAGUUGGAACAAAGCUUCAAGGGAUUAUAGCACAGAUGGCUAUUGAAAUUCAAGAAAGACAAUCUGUAAUACAAGGCAUUCCUCUCGUGCAAGUCACUGAUAAACACUUUUGGUUUAGGGACCCAACGUUAAUCCUGUAUUUUAUUCAGCUCACACUCUUCAUGAACUCAUUUGAGAUAACUCACUUCUUCUGGAUAUGGUAUGAAUUUGGACUCGACUCCUGCUUUCAUGAAAAACCUCUUCUUCAAUAUGGUAGAGUUUUGAUUGGAAUUGCAGUACAAAUCUUAUGCAGCUAUGGCAUCCUACCACUCUACUCCCUUGUUACUCAGAUGGGGUCGAAAAUGAAGAGGUCUAUAUUUGAUGAUCAAACAUCAAAAGCGCUCAAGCACUGGCACAAACAUGCAGUGAAGAGAAAGGAAAGUACCAAGGGACAAUCCGGUCACCUUCCCAAGAGUUUAAGUCUAAGCUCUCCAUCAGGAAACUCUCAAGCACAUGGUGCUCCUCCAAACACGGCGGCCAAAACAGAUUCUCCUAGCCAAACCGCUCACAUUGUUGCUAGCGUAGACAUCCCACAAGACAAAAAAAAGUCGUCAAACACUCCCAAUUUGCUUUGAUCGGCCAUCUAGCUUAUUUCGAAUUCUGCUUUUCUUUUGUUAAAUAUGAUUAAUCUGUUUACUAGAAAAACGCAACAUGUUAACAUCAAAUCAAUGGUGUUAGUACUUAG